CUGGUGAAGGCUAAUAUGGAGAAAUUGACGUUUUAUGCUCUGUCUGCUCCAGAGAAGUUGGACCGGAUUGGUGCCUAUCUUUCUGAGAGGUUGUCCCGGGAUGUGGCCCGACACAGAUAUGGGUAUGUGUGUAUUGCUAUGGAGGCCUUGGACCAGCUGUUAAUGGCCUGUCACUGUCAGAGCAUUAACCUGUUUGUGGAGAGUUUUCUGAAAAUGGUGCGGAAACUUCUGGAGGCCGAUAAACCCAACCUACAAAUCCUGGGAACCAACUCUUUUGUGAAAUUUGCCAACAUUGAGGAGGAUACGCCGUCAUACCAUCGCAGUUACGACUUCUUUGUGUCACGUUUCAGUGAGAUGUGUCACUCUAACUACGAGGAUCCAGACAUCCGCACCAAGAUUCGUAUGGCGGGCAUAAAGGGACUCCAGGGUGUGGUGAGGAAGACAGUGAAUGAUGAAUUGCAGGCAAAUAUCUGGGACCCUCAGCACAUGGAUAAGAUUGUUCCCUCACUGCUCUUCAACCUGCAGACCGGAGAGGGCACAGAAAGCCGUUCCCCCUCUCCGCUACAGGCAAGCGAGAAAGAGAAAGAGAGCCCCGCAGAGCUGACCGAACGCUGUUUCCGGGAGCUUCUGGGUCGUGCAGCUUACGGCAACAUAAAGAAUGCAGUCACCCCUGUUCUCAUGCACCUAGAUAACCACUCUCUGUGGGAGGGGAAGACCUUUGCUGUGCGCUGCUUUAAGAUCAUUAUGUACUCUAUUCAGUCUCAGCAUUCUCACCUGGUUAUCCAGCAGUUGCUGGGUCAUCUGGAUGCAAACAGCAAGAGCUCAGCCAGGGUGCGUGCUGGGAUAGUGGAGGUCUUAUUAGAGGCAGCAGCCAUAGCAGCCAGUGGCUCUGUGGGCCCCACUGUGCUGGAGGUGUUUAACACACUGCUGAGGCAUUUGAGACUCAGUGUGGACUAUGAGCUGACAGGCACCUAUGACCCCACCAACAUCGGCACCAAGAUCAUCAAAGAACAUGAAGAGAGACAGCUGCAGGAGGCCGUCAUCAGGACUAUCGGUUCUUUUGCCAACACUUUGCCGACGUACCAGCGGUCAGAGGUCAUGUUAUUUAUCAUGGGGAAGGUCCCUAUUCCAGGUCUGCUCUCAGCUGUCACCACGGGAUCAGGGCCUGAGGGGAACAGGAUGAUUCAGGUCAUGCUGCUGAAGUCUCUGAGACAGGUGACGUGUGGGUUCCAGACGACCAACAUGUUGACGGCCCUGCCCAACUCUUUCCUGGACCCCCUGCUCUCCUUCUCUCUCCUGGAGGACCCUGAGAUCCGGCUGCUCGUCCUUGAGAUCCUCGUCAGCCUUAUCGAUCGCCACGACAACCGGCCCAAGUUCCCCACCAUCAGCAUUAUCUCUGACAUCUCUGUCCUGAAACUCAAAGUGGACAAGUGUUCCCGUCAGGACAACCUCUUCAUGAAAAAGCACGCUCAGCAGCUGUACAGACACAUUUUCCUGUCGUGUAAAGAGCAGGACAGUACGCAGCCUCACUUUGAGAUGCUCUUUGUGUUCCUGGCUCUCAUCAGCAUGGAGCUUGCUAACGAGGAGGUGGUGGUGGACCUCAUCCGCCUGGCACUGGCCCUUCAGGACUUGGCAUUGUCCAGUGAGGAGAACUUGCCUGUGUUUAACCGCUGUGCAGUUCAUGCCCUCUCUGCCGCCUAUCUCAAUCUCAUCAGCCAGCUCACCACCGUUCCUGCCUUCUGCCAACACGUCCACGAGGUGAUUGAGAUGAGACAGAAAGAAGCACCUUACCUCCUACCCGAAGACGUCUUCGUCGAAAGUCCAAAGAUCCCUCAGACUCUGGAGAAGUCUGAAGAGGCGGUUUGGUUCCUGCAGACAAAGAUCACGGAGGUUCUCGGAGGCAGUGGCUACAAUACAGAGAGGCUCGCCACACCUUACAUCCCACAGUUCACAGACGAAGAUCGUCUGUCGAAGCGGAAGAGCGUCGGAGAAACAAUCUCUCUCCAGGUUGAGGUUGAUUCCAGAAACAGCCCAGAGAAAGAGGAGAGAACCCCAGCUGAACAGAUCACAUUUGAGACACUAAAGAAUACCAUUGUAGACAGCGUGGGAAUGGAGGAGCAGGAGAGGGAGCGAAGGCGACAAGUCGUGGAGAAGUUCCAGAAGGCUCCGUUUGAAGAAAUAGCUGCCCACUGUGGUGCCAGAGCCACAAUGCUGCAAAGCAAACUCAAUCAGAUCUUUGAAAUCACCAUCAGGCCUCCUCCAAGUCCCUCUGGGACCAUCACUGCGGGUUAUGGUCAGACCCAAAGCCGAUCUGUCCCUGUCUACGAGAUGAAAUUCCCAGAUCUGUGUGUGUAUUAG